AUGCCAGCCAUUAAAAAGGCAGACGGCGCAGAACUCCACGCCUUGCUCUCACGCGACGCUACGCGCGCAGAACAAUUGGCGCGAGAACACGGCGCAACCAACGCCUACACCACCGUUGAUGCCCUCUUGGCAGACGAUGCACUCGACGCAAUCUACGUCUCAACACCCGUUCACCUACACUGUGAGCAGGUCAUCGCCGCCGCGGAACGCGGCUUACACGUGCUUUGCGAUAAACCGAUGGCACUCACACCACAAGAAUGUACAGAAAUGAUCGCCGCCUGCGAAACAAACGGUGUCCACCUGCAAGUCUGCUUCCUCUUCCGGUUUCACUCCUGCUUCCAACAGAUCCGGACGUGGGUAGACGAGGGACGUUUCGGCACGAUAGUCCAUGGGCGUAUGCCAUUUCUGAAACAGUAUCAACUCACACCAGACGAAUGGCGCGCGCAACCGGAAAAGGGUGGCGGCGGAUGCUUCAUGGAUCUUGGUCCGCAUAGUGUAGAUCUACUCCGUUACCUCAUCGGCGAGGUGAACGCCGUCAGCGCGUUUUACAACACCACAACCCAAGACACCGUUGUCGAAGAAACCGGUGGCAUCCUUAUACGCUUCGAUAACGGCGCACAAGCUUUCACUGACCUCAGUUUUUCAGUGCCGCAAUGCGAUAUUAUUUUAGAACUCUACGGUACGGAAGGCACAACUUGGAUUUACAACGACAACGGUUGGAAAAUCAAAACCUAUUUUGAGGGCGAACCGCAAUUGAUCCACUCACAAUACGAAGACCUGUAUCAAUAUCAAUUUGAGCAUUUCGCAGCAUGUGUACACGAAGGUGUAGCACCUAUCACAACCGGAAAUGAUGGAUUAAGAGCAAACGAGAUUCUUGCCGCCGCAUAUCGCGCAGGGGAAACAGGACAACUGGUUCCGUGUCCCGCCACAUAA